CAGCGGGUGGCGGUUGUGUAGCGUAGCAACUGACUACUUGUGCAGGCAACGAGAACGAUGCUCAAAGCGAUGGCGGUGGGGGGGAAUGGCCGGCCGUGAUUUCCUUGUUCGAUUUCCCAACCCCAAUUGCCGACCCAAAGCAAAAUAAAAAAGGCAAAGGGAAAGGAGGGCGGUCCGUGUGUUUGCGUGGGGGGCUUGUUGUGGAUUUGGGAAGGGCUGAAAAGGGGAUGAUGGUACCUUAAUGUGACUGUGCCGCCACCUUCAAGGCCAGACAAUCGGCCAAAACGUCGCUGGGAACUGGGUUAAUGACUAGAAGAACAAGACGGUCGUCGUCGUCGUCGUCGUCGUCGCCGCCGCCGCGGUUGCGAACGGGAGGGUCGUCGUCGUUCUUUAUUGGGUCAUGUUUGGCAUGGUGUCUUUUAUGGUGCCCCGUCCAUGCCAACGUGGAAAAGAUCAUCUUUUGUCCGUCAAAAGUGCUUGCGUCGACUGAAACUUCCUGGCUGCAUAAUAUCAUAUCUGAACGCUCCAACCUAACUGCCUUGGAAGCACCCUUCUCAAUACUCCAAGACCACCUCAAAGCGGCACUGCCUUCCGACGAGAGAAGGCAUUACUGGGCAAAUGACCAUGACAUUCCACUGGCUGACACGAUGCGAUAUUAUAGCAUACGCCGAUUAAAUCCAAAAGCUACAUAUGAGAUUCGCGUCUGCUGGCCUGCUACCGCACCCGCCGAUUGGAUGUUUGAGCUUGUACCGGUAUCUGGCACGACAUCGGAACUCGUUUUGCGGCUGACAGCAAAGCAUGCAGGCGUACCGCAAAGGUUCAUGAGAGAUAAAGUUAAUGUUCGUAUUCCAUACACCAUAGUCCUGGAUCAUCUCGUCUUUGGGAUUCUCCCACAAUCAUGCCUUCCUACCAUUUUGUUUAUCUGCGUCAUUUUACUAGCGGGGUCUCUUCUCUUCCUGCCUAGGCUUUCUAGACUGUUGCAAAACAACUUUGAGAAUGUCAAGAAUGCAUAACGCUUCUAGUUGCUGGCCACUAGACUCCUUUUCGUCGAUAUGAUAUAUAAUUAUAAGUGUGUAUUGAGCGAGCAAUACAAAAAUUGAAUUUAGAUAGUGCAAACAACAUUAAGCACACCAGUUAUGUUCGAUACUGGGUGUCCUUAAAUACGGAACAGCGACAGUAAUCAAGGGGCUG